GGCUUGUCUGUAACGGCUAGGCUUGGCUUUGCGUUCCUCGCUUGGCUUGGCGUUCCUCGCUUGGCUUGGCGUUCCUCGCUUGGCUUGGCGUUAGUGGCUUUGCCUGGUGUUUCUCGCUUGGAUUGGCGUUUCUUCCCUCGCAUUCUUUUACUGGACUUGACCUUUUCUCUGCUGGGUUUGGCAUUCCCUUGGGUGGUCUGGGUGUUUCCUUGCGGUGGGGGGGGAGGGGCUUGGCCUUUCCUGGGGUGGGAGUGGGGUCGCCCCGGGUGGGCGUGGGCUUUCCCCGGCUGGGUGUGGGUUUUUCCUGGGUGGAGUGGGCUGGGCUCCCCUGCUGGGGUUGGCAGGUUUUGGCUGGGAUUGACCUUUCUCUUCAAACAGGUUGGAAACCCAGAGUUUCCUGCUAGUUGGUAAGACCGGUUGGUAGACGCGAUCUGCUCGCUACUACCGGCCUCCCCUGGCUGUUAAAAGCAGAUGGCGGCUGAGGUUUGUUCAAGGUCGGCUGCCUCCACUGUGAAGAAGCCAUUUGGUCUCAGGAGCAAGAUGGGCAAGCGUUGCCACCACUGCUUCCCCUGCUGCAGGGGGAGUGGCAAGAGCAACGUGGGCACUUCUGGAGACCACGACAACUCCACUGUGAAGGUGCUCAGGAGCAAGAUGGAUAAGUGGUGCUGCCACUGCUUCCCCUGCUGCAGGGGGAGUGGCAAGAGCAACGUGGGCACUUCUGGACCCCACGACGACUCCGCUGUGAAGACGCUCAGGAGCAAGAUGGGCAAGUGGUGCCGCCGCUGCUUCCCCUGCUGCAGGGGGAGAGGCAAGAGCAACGUGGGCGCUUGGGGAGACUACGACGACAGCGCCUUCAUGGAGCCGAGGUACCACGUCCGUCGAGAAGAUCUGGACAAGCUCCACAGAGCUGCCUGUUGGGGUAAAGUCCCCAGAAAGGAUCUCAUCGUCAUGCUCAGGGACACUGACGUGAACAAGAGGGACAAGCAAAAGAGGACUGCUCUACAUCUGGCCUCUGCCAAUGGGAAUUCAGAAGUAGUAAAACUCCUGCUGGACAGACAAUGUCAACUUCAUGUCCUUGACAACAAACAGAGGACACCCCUGAUAAAGGCUGUACAAUGCCAAGAAGAUGAAUGUGCGUUAAUGUUGCUGGAACAUGGCACUGAUCCAAAUAUUCCAGAUGAGUAUGGAAAUACCACUCUACACUAUGCUAUCUACAAUGAAGAUAAAUUAAUGGCCAAAGCACUGCUCUUAUACGGUGCUGAUAUUGAAUCAAAAAACAAGCAUGGCCUCACACCACUGUUACUUGGCGUACAUGAACAAAAACAGCAUGUGGUGAAAUUUUUAAUCAAGAAAAAAGCUAAUUUAAAUGCACUUGAUAGAUAUGGAAGAACUGCUCUCAUACUUGCUGUGUGUUGUGGAUCAGCAAGUAUAGUCAGCCUUCUACUUGAGCAGAAUAUUGAUGUAUCUUCUCAAGAUCUAUCUGGACAGACGGCCAGAGAGUAUGCUGUUUCUAGUCAUCAUAAUGUAAUUUGCCAAUUACUUUCUGACUACAAAGAAAAACAGAUGCUAGAAAUCUCUUCUGAAAACAGCAAUCCAGAACAAGAAUUAAAGCUGACAUCAGAGGAAGAGUCACAAAGGCUUAAAGGCAGUGAAAAUAGCCAGCAAGAGAAAAUUUCUCAAGCACCAGAAAUAAAUAAGGAUUGUGAUAGAGAAGUUGAAGAAGAAAUGAAGAAGCAUGGAAGUAAUCAUGUGGGAUUCCCAGAAAACCUGACUAAUGGUGCCAGUGCUGGCAAUGGUGAUGAUGGAUUAAUUCCACAAAGGAAGAACAGAACACCUGAAAAUCAGCAAUUUCCUGACCCUGAGAAUGUAGACUAUCACAGUGACGAACAAAAUGAUAUUCAGAAACAACUUUCUGAAGAACAGAACACUGGAAUAUUACAAGAUGAGAUUCUGACUAAAUCUGAAAAAGCAGUAGAAGUGGCUGAAAAGAAAAUGAAUUCUGAGCUUUCUCUUAGUCAUAAGAAAGAAAGAGAUCUCUUGCUUGAAAAUAGUACGUUGCAGGAAGAAAUUGCCAUGCUAAGACCGGAACUAGACAUAAUGAAACAUCAGAACCAGCUAAGAGAAAAGAAAUAUUUGGAGGAAAUUGAAAGUGUGAAAAAAAAGAAUGAUAAUCUUUUAAAGGCUGUACAACUGAAUGAGCUCACCAUGGGUGAUGAUACCGCCGUGCUCCUCAUUGACAAUGGAUCCGGCAUGUGCAAGGCCAGCUUUGCAGGAGACAAUGUCCCCUGGGCUGUCUUCCCUUCCAUCGUGGGGCACCCCAGGUACCAGGGCAUGAUGGGGGGCAUGGGUCAAAACUCCUAUGUGGGCAUCAAAGCCCAGAGCAAGAGAGGCAUCCUGACCCUGAAGUACCCCAUGGAGCAUGGCAUCAUCACCAACUGGGACAACAUGGAGAAGAUCUGGCACCACUCCUUCUACAAUGAGCUCCGUGUGGCUCCUGAGGAGCACCCAAUGCUGCUGACUGAGGCCCACCUGAACCCCAAGGCCAACCAUGAGAAGACGACCCAGAUCAUGUUUGAGACCUUCAACACCCCAGCCAUGUACGUGGCCACCCAGGCUGUGCUGUCCCUGUAUACCCCUGGCCAUACCACUAGCAUCGUGACGGACUCUGGUGAUGGGGUCACCCACACUGUGCCCAUCUAUGAAGGAAAUGCCUUCCCCCAUGCCAUCCUGUGCCUAGAACUGGCUGGCCGGGACCUGACUGACUACCUCGUGAAGAUCCUCACCGAGCGUGGCUAUAGGUUCACCACCACGGCUGAGCGGGAAAUCGUGUGUGACAUCAAGGAGAAGCUGUGCUAUGUUGCCCUGGACUUCGAGCAGGAGAUGGCCAUGGCGGCCUCCAGCUCUUCCCUAGAGAAGAGCUAUGAGCUUCCCAAUGGCCAGGUCAUCACCAUUGGCAAUGAGCGGUUCCACUGCCCCGAGGCGCUCUUCCAGCCUUCCUUCCUGGGAAUGGAAUCCUGUGGCAUCCACGAAACUACCUUCAACUCCAUCAUGAAGUGUGACAUGGACAUCCGCAAAGACCUGUACGCCAACACAGUGCUGUCUGGUGGCACCACCAUGUACCCUGGCAUCGCUGACAGGAUGCAGAAAGAGAUCACUGCCCUGGUGCCCAGCAUGAUGAAGAUCAAGAUCAUUGCUCCUCUGGAGCGCAAGUACUCCGUGUGGGUCGGUGGCUCCAUCCUGGCCUCACUGUCCACCUUCCAGCAGAUGUGGAUCAGCAAGCAGGGGUAUGAUGAGUCAGGCCCCUCCAUUGUCCACCGCAAAUGCUUCUAGGUGGACUGUGACUUAGU